AUGGAUGGAGGGAAGGGGAAAGAUAGUCCGAUCACUGGCAGGCGUCGGUCUUCGACCUUGUCUAACCUGAGCUUCUUGAGGGAUUCUUUUGACCGGAGACAGAGUGCCACGGCCACGGCCACGGGCAACAACCCAGACCUCUUACAAGCUCCAGACGCUUCAAAUGGAGGGUCGAUACGCCGUCGUAUCUCUGUUAGCGAGAAAACACCUACACGAUCAUUCUACCAUCGAACAUUCCAUGGACCAUUAGACAAUGCACAGUACUCCUCCCAGGGAGUCCGAGAACGAACCGCGGAACUAGAAUCUUUGGCCCUAUCCGAUGCAGAGUCAAUUAGCCACAAGUCGCUUUCUGGCUAUGCCAGCGAUCUAUCUACGUCGACGGGGGCGCCGUACGCGAGGGACAAUUGGCUUGCAGAUGGGGUGUCAGAUCGCCUUACCCGCUCUCGGUCUCGACCAGAGGCAAUUGAAGAGAGAUCCGAGCCUACUACCCCUCGAGGAUCAGCAUUGCCCUCUUACGUUGGCGAGUCUGCCCUGACUGCAAUGCUACGAUCGUCUCCUACAAAUCCCUUGACCAAGUCAACCAGUGCCCCCGUACAGUCGGGGCGGAGACGAGCAAUGUCCGACGAUGACGACGACGACGAUGACGAGGAGGGACCAUUUGGUCGUCGCCCAGUUACAUCUAUACCCGCAAAUCUAGAUCCAGAGCAGGCACCCUUGAUUCGGAUUCAGAGUGGCUCAAAAUAUGGCACCACGUCCGACGAGCUCGAGGAAAUUGGACCUCACAGGCCAGAUAUAGCAGGCUUUGGUAGAUGGGUUAUUUCGAAUCCUCCCAAAUGGGCCAAGAAUAUAUGCCGCCCACGGACGUGGAGCAAGAAAGCCAUCUACGAAAAUGGCGUAGAGCUCCCAAUGAGCCUCCUACCAGCUGUUUUCCUAGGCCUACUGCUCAACGUCUUAGAUGCCCUCUCCUACGGCAUGAUCCUUUUCCCACUGGGUGAGCCGAUUUUCUCCUCUAUGGGCGCGGAUGGAAUCUCUAUGUUCUACGUCAGCACCAUAAUCUCACAAAUAGUCUAUUCCUGUGGUGGCUCAGCAUUCAAAGGUGGUGUUGGCGCAGAAAUGAUCGAGGUCGUCCCUUUUUUCCAUAAAAUGGCAAUGCAAAUCCUCGCGCGCGUGGGUGAAGAUGACCCGCGAGCCGUCUAUGCAACCACGAUCCUCGCGUUUUCUCUAAGCGCUGUUCUCACCGGGGCCGUAUUCUUUGCGAUGGGAGCAUGCCGACUCGGUGCCCUGAUCGGGUUUUUCCCCCGCCAUAUCCUGAUCGGCUGCAUCGGUGGCGUGGGCUGGUUUCUCGUCGUUACAGGCAUUGAAGUCUCCGCACGUCUAUCAGGGAAUCUAGAGUACAAUCUUGAAACGUUACAGAAACUUUUCCAACUUGACACUAUUUCCCUUUGGACGGUUCCAUUACUUUUAGCCAUUGGUCUCCUUGUUUUGAAGCGAUACGUGCAGUCUAACUUUUUGCUCUGCGGUUAUUUUUUGGCUAUUGCAGCCGGUUUUUACAUUGUCAAGUUUAUAUCUGAUAUAUCUAUGGAUGCGUUGAGGGAGGGUGGAUGGGUUUUUUAUGCGCCUGCAUCGUCACAGCCAUGGUACCAUUUUUAUACGUUAUACGAUUUUUCUGCUGUUAACUGGUCCGCACUCGCGGAAACUGUCCCUGCAAUGUUUGCCCUGACCUUCUUUGGGAUUCUUCACGUCCCUAUUAACGUUCCCGCGCUGGGGAUCUCGACUGGCGAGGACCAUCUCAAUGUAGAUCGAGAGCUAGUCUCACAUGGGAUAUCCAAUGUCUUUUCCGGGUUUGCAGGUAGUGUGCAGAACUACCUGGUGUACACAAACAGUCUCCUUUUCAUAGCCAGUGGAGGCAAUCACCGGCUGGCCGGAAUUAUGCUAGCAAUUGGCACGUUUGGCAUUUUGAUUAUCGGGCCUGGGGUUGUGGGAUACAUUCCGAUUAUGGUUGUAGGCGCUCUGAUUUAUAUGCUUGGAAUUGAGCUUAUGGAGGAAGCUCUGGUUGAUACGUGGGGGAAGCUGCAUAGACUUGAAUACUUGACGGAUAACGUGAACCAGGUGGUAGCCAUCGUCGUCACUAUGGGAGCAUGGGACUUUGUGACUGGCAUCCUUGUGGGAAUCAUCCUCGCAUGUGUCAACUUCGUUGCGCAAACAUCUCAAAAGUCUGCCAUAACCGCAACAUACACUGGCCAGGUUGCACUCUCCACCGUCCGGCGGCACCCUCUGCACGCCCGUUUCCUCCGGGAAGCGGGAAAACAGACAUUCGUCAUCAAGCUCGCCGGCUUUCUCUUUUUCGGCACCAUCGUCAGCGUCGAGAAACGGAUACGCGGGCUGGUGGAUGCAGAAGCAUUCAGUGAACGACCCAUCCGAUUCUUGAUACUGGACUUCUCGUAUGUCAACGGAUUGGACUUCUCAGCCGCCGAGGCAUUUACGAGGCUGAACAGGAUAUUGAAGAAGAAAGGGGUGCACAUGAUUGUGUGUGGGCUGGAUAUCACAGGCGAAGUAGCCACGAGUCUGCAGAACGUCGGGCUGUUCGGGCUGGAUGACAAGGUAGAGAUAUUCCAGGACCUGAAUUCCGCGCUGGAGUACUGCGAGAACGAGUCGUUGAAGGCUAUCCACGAUCACAAAGAGUCACCUUCUCCAUCCCCGGGUGAAGGAAACUUGCGACCGUACAACAAGGCCCACGGCCAAACCCUCGCAGCUGACGCUACAGCCAUCAACUCCCCGCGCGGCUACUACCUGCACCAGCUGGCCUCCAACUUCCUCCGCGAAGAGGCAGAAGACUCCCGCUCGGGCAAGAUCCUACACAAACGCCUAUCCCCAGCGCAACAGCAGCAACAGCCCCUCCACCUGAUGCUGCAAACGUUCCAGGGCCUAAGCACCAAACCCGCCGAGUUCUGGCUCCCCGCGUGCCCGUACUUCACCCGCGCCGAGUUCCCAGCCUCUUCCGUCCUGUACCGCGACAACGACUACCCCAGCCACUUCUACCUGCUGGAAUCAGGCAUGCUACGCGCGGAGUACGCCACGCAGCAGGGCAGGAGCUACUUUGAGCUCAUGGUCGCAGGCCGGCCGUGUGGCGAGUUACCAUUUUUCGGCGAAACAAGCCGGACUGCAACCGUCCGGGCAGAGCGGGACUGCGUGGUCUGGAUGAUUGGGACGAAGGAGUGGGAGGCACUACAGGUCAAGGAGCCAACGGUUGCGCUGGAGAUGAUGAAGGUGUGUCUGAAGCUGACGGCGGAGCGGACAGAGAGCAUCACCUCGUAA